UGACAGCCUGUCACCGUACACCGAGGUCAAGAGGAGAGCAUGGCUGCGAUGAUGUUUAGGAGGUCUCGAAAUGUAUGGUCCAGGUGGAAUAAGCCCUCUACUGCCGUGUCAACACGAUCCAUGGCCUCCAAGACACCAGUGGGGUUCAUCGGACUCGGAAACAUGGGCAGUCCCAUGGCCAAAAACUUGGUGAAAAAUGGUUACCCUGUCAUCGCCACUGACCUCUUUCCAGAAUCUUGCAAGGAGCUGCAGGACCUCGGUGCCCAUGUGGUGGACUCCCCUGCAGACGUGGCCGAGAAAGCGGACCGUAUCAUCACAAUGUUGCCGUCUAGUCCCAAUGUCAUAGAGGCCUACACAGGCCCGAACGGCAUCCUAAAGAAAGUGAAGAAGGGGUCGCUAUUAAUUGACUCCUCUACAAUUGAUCCAGCUGUCUCCAAAGAAAUGGCUGUAGCUGCUGAGAAGAUGGGAGCUGUGUUCAUGGAUGCGCCGGUGUCAGGAGGUGUCGGGGCUGCCAACAUGGGCAAACUGACCUUCAUGGUUGGUGGACUGCAGGAGGAGUACAACGCUGCGCAGGAAUUGCUCAGCUGCAUGGGAGCCAAUGUUGUUUACUGUGGACAAGUUGGCACUGGACAGGCAGUAAAGCUCUGUAACAAUAUGAUGCUGGCCAUUGGGAUGAUUGGAACUGCUGAAACCAUGAACCUUGGCAUCAGACUGGGUUUGGACCCUAAGCUGCUUGCAAAGAUCCUCAACAUGUCCUCGGGUCGUUGCUGGUCCAGUGACACGUAUAACCCAGUCCCAGGUGUGAUGGAGGGUGUCCCUUCUGCCAACAACUACCAGGGUGGCUUUGGGACGACGUUAAUGGCCAAGGAUCUUGGUUUGGCACAAAACACUGCCACCAACACAAAGACUCCCAUCCCUUUGGGAUCCCUUGCCCACCAGAUCUACAGAGUCAUGUGCUCCCGCGGCUACGCUAACAAGGAUUUCUCAUCCGUCUUCCAGUUCCUACGUGAGGAGGAAGAACAGUGAGGGGGGGGGGGGGGGGGGCUGCUGACAGUACUGCUAUCAUAGACUAUUAUACACUUCAGAACCACACACCCCAGUGUCCCUUAUCCCAACAUGCUCAGGAGAGACUAAUGCCUUGCUCUGAGGCGCAGAUCUGGAGUCCAAUUAUCAUGCUGUAUUUUGACACACGUACCCUUGUUACUUUAGAUGAAUAUAUAAAUAUUUUUCUCUUUGUGGUGCUUUUAUCUUGAAAGAAAAUGAAGCCAUUCUUAUUCCAUUUUCUACUUAAAAACCAAAUAUAGAGGUAUGACUGCAGGUUUACAUGUAACUAUGCAACUAAUAUAUUAUUUUUAAAAGGGGCYAAAUGAGAAACUAAAUAAACGUUUUGUCUGAACUGUGCUAAAUGCCUGUUACGCAGAUUAACUAAUCUGUCCCUGCCAUUAUAAGUAUUGGAAGAACACUAUAGUUUUGAAGAUAAUAAAGGAGAGUGUUUAGCCUAUAUAUUUUU